AUGUCUGGCACCCGCCUUGGAUUCCUGGUCUCUGUCCUGUGCUGGGUAGUCAGAGCCUAUCCCAACACCUCCCCGCUGCUCGGCUCCAGCUGGGGUAGCCUAACCCACCUGUAUACGGCCACAGCCAGGAACAGCUACCACCUGCAGAUCCACAAGGACGGCCAUGUGGAUGGCACACCUCAUCAGACCAUCUACAGUGCCUUGAUGAUCCGGUCAGAGGAUGCCGGCUUUGUGGUGAUAACAGGUGUGAUGAGUAGGAGGUACCUCUGUAUGGACUUCAGAGGCAACAUCUUUGGAUCACACCUCUUCAGCCCGGAGAGCUGCCGGUUCCGACAGCGGACGCUGGAGAACGGCUACGACGUGUACCACUCCCCGCAGCACCGCUUCCUCGUCAGCCUGGGCCAGGCCAAGAGGGCCUUCCUGCCCGGCACCAACCCGCCGCCCUACUCGCAGUUCCUGUCCCGGAGGAACGAGAUCCCCCUCCUGCACUUCAACACCCCCAGGCCGCGGCGGCACACGCGCAGCGCCGAGGACUCGGGGGACUCGGGGCGCGACCCGCUGCACGUGCUGAAGCCCAGGCCCCGCCUGGCCCCCGCCGCGGCCUCCUGCUCGCAGGAGCUCCCGAGCGCCGAGGACCACGGCGUGCCCGCCAGCGACCCGCUGGGGGUGCUCAGAGGCAACAGGGUGAACGCGCACGCCGGGGGGAUGGGCGUGGACAGGUGCCGCCCCUCCCCCAAGCUCGUCUAG